GCAAGAGCAGGAGCAGGAGCAAAGAGCAAGAACCCUGGGCAGGAAAGACCCCAGAGCAAGAACCAACCCAGUUAGCUGCCCUGCAGAAGUCGAGAGGGGCAACAAGUGUGACCGACCGAGUGACAACCAGCCAGCCUGCCAGCCAGGUCAAGGUUGAAAGUGAAAGUGGGCUUGUCCACUCAUCUCCGUCUGGUGCCUGUCUGUGCCUGUGCCUGGCUCCUCCCAAGUCCCAAGUCACCAAGUCCCCAAGUCCCCAAGUCACCAAUCCAAGGGCCCAAAGCCUCCCUCCCUCCGUCAAUAACCCUCUCCGUCGCCACCAUCAACGAGCCCCCCUCCCUAUCUACUGCCGCCUGCCCGCCCGCCCUUGCACACACGCACAUUCACACUCACACUCCCAUCCAUCUAUCGCAUCGUCCUCUGGCCGUCUCGUCGCCCACCUUUCCUCGGCACUCCUCUUAGACUUCAUCCACAUGCUGCACCUACAUACGCAUCCAUCGCGCAAGCAAUUGACUCUUCCCUCCCGCCUUUAUCGUCCCCUCCUCGCCGCUCGAUGCGAAUCGCGGCAGACCAGACCUGAGUAGCAGCAGCUGCAGACGACCGACCAGAGGCGAUCCGACGCCGCAUACCCACGCCCACGCCCACCCACUACCACCACUCUUAAUCAAUCGCCAGCUACAGCCCGCCCAAAUCCUGUCUGUUCGUUCCCCACUGCGCCGCUGAAUCGAGCAACCAUACGCCGACAGACGACAUUUCGUCCACCCUGCUUGCUACCGUAUCCAGAUCGGCAAGGCCCUGUUCCUGUUCUGAUAACGUCCCGCUUUUCCUCUUUGUUAGGGCGCUCGCUGGUCGACAAUCAAUCGCGCUGAUCACUGAACGCAUGCGCCUUUGAGGGUCCCCCCCCAAGGAGCCACCACCCAAACUACGCAUCUCGUUCCGCUUUCACUGCCUUUGCCCUUUCUCGUCCCGACCGCCCGCCCACCAAGGUCCCGUCCUAACAUCCUCGAGCCGACUUCUUUUUUUGGAGAGUCAGUCCGGCGACUCGCCCAACCACCCGAUCAAGACGCCGUCACACAUUUGCGAUCGGUCCCCCAUCCCGUCCUCGACUCCCUGUCUACCUCCCGCCGUUCCAAUUGUCGGCGCGCGCCCCCAAAGCCUGAACGACCAGCGGUGGAGGCACGCGCACGCACGCACGCACGUACACACACAGGCAGCCGACACACUACCACCGCCACCACCUCCCCCCCUCCGCCCAGCCGCCGAAUCCUCGACGACACACUCGACCCUAUUGUCUUGCGAGACAUUGUCCAAUCUCCGCCGCGAUCCGAGUGAAGACGCCUUCACAGUGCCUUGUAGCAUCCUGCUACACACAUUCCAGAGGCUUCGGGUGCUCUCGCGCCCGCCCCCCCUGAGAUUGACCUGUGUACACGGCGUCCAAACUCCAUCGUGAGCAUGUCUGUAAUGCUGCAAACUCCUUCCCGGGCGUCGACCGCAUCCUCAUCCUCCUACCAGGCCCUCUCCCGCCAGAACACCAUGUCUUCGUACGAUGGCUCGCGUUCAGCCCGCCAGUCGAAACGGUACUCCAUGUCGGCACUGUACAUGUCAAUGUCCGCACAGGAGACCGACUUGGAGAUAGAAGAUGAUCUCGCCAAAGCCCAAAAGAUCCUCCGCGACCUCAAGUCCAAGAUUUCCUCCCAGUCCAAGAAGAACUUCGUGCUCGAGAAGGAUGUCCGGUACCUCGACUCUCGCAUUGCCUUGCUGAUUCAGAAUCGCAUGGCCCUGGAGGAGCAGAACGAAGUCGCCAGCCACCUAGAAGACGCGACAGACAUCCAGGAGGGUGUCUUUCCAAAUGACGACAAGACGCAGAGAUAUGGCAACCUCAUGUUCCUGCUGCAAUCGGAGCCCAGGCACAUUGCGCACCUCUGCCGCCUUGUGUCCAUGUCAGAGAUUGACUCGCUGCUGCAGACAGUCAUGUUCACCAUCUAUGGAAACCAGUACGAGAGUCGAGAAGAGCAUCUGCUCCUCACUAUGUUUCAGUCCGUAUUGACAUACCAGUUCGAUAACACCCCUGAAUACUCGUCCCUACUCCGCGCCAACACACCAGUCUCCCGGAUGAUGACGACGUAUACGAGGAGAGGCCCGGGUCAGAGCUUCCUGAGAUCGGUGCUUGCGCACAGGAUUAAUGGCCUCAUCGAGCUGCACGACUUGGAUCUCGAGAUCAACCCCCUCAAGGUUUACGAGCGCAUGUGUGAACAAAUCGAGCAGGACACCGGCACCCUCCCGCCGUCCCUGCCAAAGGGCAUAACUGCUGAACAGGCCGCGGAGAAUGCGCAGGUCCAGGCCAUUAUCGAACCCAGACUCACCAUGCUCACCGAAAUUGCGAAUGGUUUCCUGUCGACCAUCAUCGACGGCCUCGACGAAGCGCCAUACGGAAUUAGGUGGAUCUGCAAGCAGAUUCGCAGCUUGACGAAGCGGAAGUACCCCGAUGCCAACGACCAGGUCAUUUGCACACUAAUCGGAGGUUUCUUCUUCCUGCGCUUCAUCAACCCCGCAAUCGUCACGCCAAAGUCGUACAUGCUCAUAGAUGGAACACCGGCGGACAAGCCAAGAAGGACCUUGACGUUGAUCGCGAAAAUGUUGCAAAACCUUGCAAACAAGCCUUCCUAUGCGAAGGAGCCCUACAUGGCCAAGCUGCAGCCAUUCAUCCAGUCGAACAAGGAGCGGAUCAACAAGUUCAUGCUUGAUCUCUGCGAUGUGCAAGACUUCUACGAAAGCCUGGAGAUGGACAACUACGUGGCCCUCUCCAAGAAGGACCUGGAGCUGUCUAUCACGCUGAACGAGAUCUACGCCAUGCAUGGCCUUAUUGACAAGCACCGGAACGAACUGUGCAAGGACGAGAACUCGCACCUGCACAUCAUCAUGUCCGAGCUUGGCCCCUCUCCCCCACAGGUCCCCAGGAAGGAGAACCGGGUGAUCAACUUACCACUAUUCAGUAGGUGGGAGUCGGCCAUGGAUGACUUGACCGCCGCGCUGGAUAUCACUCAGGAGGAGAUCUACUUCAUGGAGGCCAAGAACGUCUUCGUACAGAUCAUGCGUUCAAUCCCGUCGAACAACGCCGUCCAGCGGAGGCCUCUCCGUCUCGAGCGCAUCGCCGAUGCAGCAGCGACAUCCCGGAACGACGCGGUUAUGGUCCGCAAGGGUAUCCGCGCUAUGGAGUUGCUGAGUCAAUUGCAGGAGCUGCGGGUCAUAGACAAGUCCGACCAGUUCAGCCUGUUGCGAGAUGAGGUUGAGCAAGAACUACAGCAUCUUGGAUCUCUCAAGGACGCGGUCCUGGUGGAGACCUCCAAGCUUGACGAGGUCUACAAGACGAUCCGCGACCACAACACCUACCUGGUCGGUCAGCUGGAGACGUACAAGAGCUAUCUACACAACGUCCGCAGCCAGAGUGAGGGCACACGGCGGAAACAGCAGAAGCAACAGGUUCUCGGCCCAUACAAAUUCACCCACCAGCAAUUGGAGAAAGAAGGCGUCAUCCAGAAGAGCAACGUGCCAGAUAACAGGCGGGCGAACAUAUACUUCAACUUCACGAGCCCCUUACCGGGGACUUUUGUCAUUUCUUUGCACUACAAGGGGCGUAACCGCGGCCUCUUGGAGCUCGAUCUCAAGCUCGAUGAUCUUUUGGAAAUGCAGAAGGACGGACAGGACGAGCUGGACCUCGAGUACGUCCAGUUCAACGUGCCAAAGGUCCUUGCCCUUCUGAACAAGCGGUUUGCUCGGAAGAAGGGCUGGUAAAUAAUAGAUUGUCACACGUGCAUUCAGCGUUGUGUGCAUUCUUAGAGAGCGGAGGCGAGCGUUGGGUCACCGGCAGUGGCCUACUUCCUCUUCACAACACCAUCUCACGAUCGAUCAUUCUGCCUUCUCAACAUACAUCAUGUAUCGCCUAAGGGACUGUCGGCGUUUUGGAGCCGGCGUGCACGUUUAUACUCCUUGAUACCACCGCCUAUUUGCGCAACACCGUCUUUCAGGUCGCCCACCUACCUACUACACACCUCUUCACCUCUGCCGUCUAUAUAUCCCCAGCCGACACAAUCGGUUCACACUCUGCCUGCUCCCCCCAUCCUGGGGGCGUCACAUUGACGGGCACAUCCUCUAUCAAUAUCUAAUUCUCUUGGUGCGGCGUCCUUUUCGUCCGUGGCGAUAUUUUGAAACCCACAUGUUUCUGUCAUGCGUUUCCAUUCGGCUCUGUUGUUAUAGGACACACAUUAAUGGUGGCUGGCUAUGCUUCGGCUGGACCGGCGGCUUUUUGGCUUGGCUACACCGGAGGGGGAUGGAUGGGGUGGAAGGAAGGGGCGUCUUUAUUUGCUGUUACUCCUCCUGAGUGGUUACGCUUUGCGAGACAUGGAGGAAGAAGGGAUAGGCGAGGGAUAUUUUGGUCAACCUCUGCUUUUUUUGUUAUCAUUCAUGGGUGGAAUAUUUUCUCCUCAGGGGAUGGAAAGUUCCGGGGAGGGGCGUGAAGGGUUAUUUUUGACUGGGAAAAACGCCUGGCCAUGGAUGGGCGGGCACAAGGACACGAGAAUGAUUUGUGCUUCUCUUUUUUUUUUUAUUAUCCAUGCCUGUUGCUUUGCACACUUUUUUUUGGUUCCCACACCUGUUUUCUGCGUCUUGUUGUUUUUUCUCCCCCUUCUCUUGGAAUGGAGGACAGAGACGGACAGAGACGGACGAAUUUUUUGGCUCACGUUUUUCUUCUUCUUUGCUACCACUCUACUUCAUGUGUAUGCUGCCCAUGGUAUAGAUGAGACAAACAUGGAAUUUGAUGCUGUGAAAUCACCUUUUUUGCUCCUCUCUCUCUCGGCCCUUGAUAGGUUUUUGGGCGAGUGAGUUUCCUCUUGGGGUGUGGGAAUGAAUGAUCCGCUUGAUGAGCAUUUCCGGGCUGGCUGGCCUGCUGCCUGGCUAAGUAGGUGCUCUGUCACUUUGGUGGGAGGACUCAUGGAACGGACGCGUGAGGAGAUUAUUGUCGUGGGUUAUGGUGAUGGGAUUCUAUGUGACAUGUGUGUAACUGUCUGGGACUUGCUUGCUUGCCUCGUAUUAGAGCUCUGGAUGACGUCCCGGAUAUGCUAGGUGUGAGUGAAGUGUGUGAUUAUGAUGUAGUGAGUGAGUGAGUGAGUGAGACCCUCGCUCGGCCGUGGCUAUCGGUCGGUCCAGGCACACAACACACACACAAACACACACGCCCCGCCCCGUCUUGUCCAUCUGCCUUGAAGACUCAUCAACUCAUUGGGAACGGGUUGGGUAGGCAGGUGGGCAGGCAGGCAGGUAGGUAGGUUGAAUCCACUCCUCCCCUCACUUCUUCGAAAAGACUGGCUGCUGUAUCGUAUCGUAGCUCCCGUCGUGUACUUGCGUCCCCCCCCCCCCCGGUGUGCUUGGGGGGGGGGGGGCAGGCGGUUCGGCUUGUUUCCUGCUCUGUUUUCUGCCUUGCCUCCCCGGAGAUGAGGGUGGUGGAGGUGUUGGUUUUUCUUGUAUCUUCCUGCCCCUUUGCCCCAAGUUUCCAGUCUCCAGUCUCCAGCCCCCGCCCCGCCCGCUUUCCAGUGUUGUAUACCUCUCUAUAUAUCUAUAUAGAGAGAGGGUUUUAUGAGCGGGCUGGCGGAAUGGUUGUCCCCCCGGGGUGGGGGGGGGGACAGGGACGUCCUCGUUUAUCUGCCGCUCUAAAUGAUGGAAUUCUUGAUUCUGGUAAGAUCAGGGGAGAGAAGGGAAGGGGGAUGUGCUGGAGCGACUUUUGUUUUCUUCCUCGCCUGCAGCGGGGCAGGCGGCGCGAGACGGCUUGGGGACGGAGUGGGUGAGUUGGGCCCGUUGGGUGAGUGAGUGAGAUUUGGAAGGGGGCCAGGUGUGUCUCUCUGUCUGGUCCCUUCGCAGCAUCGCGGGCAUCGGGACAGAUUGGGGGGAGGGGGGUUCCAACGGGUGCCAUUUAUUGCGGCAGGUGGUCGAUAUCGGGUCAACGUUGCUGAAUGGACAGUCCGGACAGACGGUGGCUGAGAUCAGGCGGGCACAGAGGCAGGUUAGGUCUGCAGCUGUGAUCUAUCUGUCUCUGGAGUGUGGUUCAUCAUCCAUUCAUUACAUUCAUUCCCGCCUCCUUCCUGCCCUUCCCUUUGUAAACAAACCAACAAGGGCACGCCCGUCGACUGGUUCGCAACCAUGUGGCAGGGUGUGGUGUGCCAGAUAGAUAGAUCCCCGGGUUGCUUUUGGGUGAUGUAGUUCAAGCUGUCCUGGAAAAGUCCGUGUGCGUGCCGUAACAACCCAGGGCUUGAUGCUCUCCCCAGGCGAUACAUGUACUUGUGUUCUUCUUCUCCCUCCGUCUCCCUUCCCGUACUGCCUCAUUAUCCCCGCAAAUGGAAUUCUAUCCAUACCUGCUGCGCCACAACACCCACCCCCCGGGCCGAGAGGAGGUGCCGUUGGAGCUGGGUGAGAUCCUAACACCGGCUUUGUGUUUCCCCCAUGUUUUCUGGUGCCUUUUGCUUCCGAGAUGUUUUCACCCAAUUGCCUUCUUUGGCUCUCACCCCAAGGCUCAUCCUGACGGCAAAUACAGUGCCGUGGUGCCGCGGUGGUCGUCGUGCUGGAGGAGCCACUCCCCCGAUCUCUUGGCCGGCAGCCACUCUGAAGGCCCUCUUUCCGAGCUGCCCGACUGAUUGGGGGUCUUACUUAACACACGGGGCUGAGUGGAGCACCCCCGUGUCGUCCAUCACCCGACUUUCUCGUUGAAAUCGACCGUCUUGAUUGGUAGGGCCAGGAGUCCAGACUCGAUUACCACUUCUGAUCAGGUGAGUGGUCCUCAGGCCAACCCACACCGGCCUCAGCCAUGAUUUCCGGUGACCAUGAUCCCUUUUCAAGAGGCGCGGGCUCAAGCGUCGUAACCGACCAGACACGCACCACGGGGCAGAGUUCCAGCAAGGUUUCAUCCAAACCCCAUAACGUCCCAGCCGCACCCGCUCACCUCCCCUGGAACUUCUCCUUCCACCCGCCCUUCUCGAACAACCACAGCGCCUCGAUGGCAUACGACCUGCUGCCCCUGUGGCCCUGGCCCUCGGGGACCUCGGCGGCCUCGAGCAGGCUCUCGACGACCUUGGCCUCCUGGCAGGUCCGCCAGAUGCCCCUUGCCAGGUCCGCCGCACCAGCAUCCCCGCCACCGCCGCCCCACUCCCCGAGCCCCAGCCGGAACAGGAUCCUCCCCAGCGCCUGGAAGGCGACGCACCGCUGCGCGGGGACGGCGCUGCGCGCCAGGAUCCCGAGCUCGCCGACCGUGUAGCCGGCGGCCUCGGGGGCCAGGCCGUGGUGGUGGAGGCCCUUGGUGACGGGGAUGCGGCGCGACUCCGAGGGCGGCAGGAGGCGGCCCUUGAAGUCGAAGCGCAGGGCGUCGACGGCCAGCGUCGCCUGGCCCGGGUAGUAGGGGGACUCCUGGUCGGCGGCGGAACCCGGGGUCGGGAUCGGCGCCAUCCAGGCGAGCCGGGUCGGGUCGGCGGGCAGGUUGGGGAAGUAUUUUGAGUGCAGCGUCUCGAGGAAGUCCGGGUCGGAUGGGUCGAGGUCGGGGAGGGGCUUUGGGUGGGGGAAGUGCGUCGUGUUCGCGGCCAGGGAGUCGGCGGGUCCUGCUGGUGUGGUUCGCGAUGGCGGUGGGGGAGGCUCGGAGCUCGGGUCGAAGAGGAGGGCGGCUGGUGGCUCUGGGGGCGGGGCGUCCUCGUCGAAGUGGACUGUCUUCUUGAUCUGCUUCUCCGUCUUCUCCUUGGGCGCGGGGGCAGGCGCAGUCGUGUCGUCUACGGCGAUCGCUGGGGCGCCCUCGGGUUUCGCGGCCUUGCGGUUGUCGUCGUCGUCUGUGGGGGGUUCGUCAAACGGCGAGGGCGCGGCGGGCUCGUCGAGGUUGGCCCUCCUGAGGAGCAUCUGGACGAUGCUCGGGUCGAGGCGGCCCAGGAGCUCCUGGCGCUCCUCUGCUAUCUGCUCGGGCGACAUGGACGCCAGCAGCUCCCGGUUCUCGCGGUCGAUGGCGGCCUGCUCCGUGCUCGCCGCGCCCUGUGGGCGGGCCGGCCGUGUCGACCCUGUCGGGGCAUCCUGGGGGCCGGGGGCACCGGCGUCGGGGGCCUGGCGCUGUUUCUUGAAGGCUGAUACUCGUGUGCGCUUCUUGUGCUCGGGGAAGCCGGUGGUUGUGGACUUGGGCUGGGGGAAGCUGGGCGGCUUGACUGAGCCGACCUCCUUCUCUUUGAUGUCGAGUGAGAAGUCCAUGUUGAAAGUUGAGGGGGGCCCAGUCAAAUAAUCAUGAGGAGAGAGAAACCUGUGGCUUGUACCACCUGCGAGGAGGCGUGUCGGUUCGUUUGUAUGUAGGCAUCUGCAGGUACUUGGAGAUGGAUUAGAUAGCCAUGAUUUUUU